AUGUCUGCUUACCAGGUAGCUGUGCCGGUUGGCCAGGAUCUUGCUAUCGAGGUGUUUGCAGGAUAUCUCGUUUCCUGGUCGCACUUACCGACAGUGCCUAAACCCAAACAUACAUCACAGAACCUCGCUGAGGUUCUUCGACUCCUUGGCAGAGAUACAGCUGGUGUCGAGCUCCCCGUAUUGAACGCAAAUACCGGGGCUGCGCUCGUGGUCGCCCUUCGAACGUAUAUCCGCAUCCCAUCACUUGAGUCGAUUGGGAACGUAGCAGAGUACGUUCAGCAGACCCUGGCGGCCCAAUCUACGCUCCGAUGGUCUCAUGUCCCGCAGAUGGCUGAUUUGGGUGUGUCAGCCUGGGAGACAGGCCAUGUUGCGUUUCCAACCCCCAUACCUGCAAAGGACAUCCUUGACCGCGCCCAUGUGUCCGGUGCGGCCUACGUGUACGCCACAUAUCUGCAGAAACCGGUGGAGAUGCACCAGGUCUCGGUUACCACUGACCGGGCCUCGGUGGAUUUGGAGAAACGGUACAGGAUCCACUUGCUAUUCAACAGCAAACUUAUUUGCAUCCAUGAAGGCUACGCUCACCAAGGAUUAGAUUCCGAUCGCCCAUCUCAGUUUCUGUAUUGCCCAGUUUCCAGAAGUCGGAUUUGGGGAGGAUUUGUCCUGGCUCGGAACGUGGUUGAUGCAUGGCUGCAUCGCCGAGGAAUCAUCUCCAGCGCUCAGGGGCCGACUGAUUUCGACUCUGCCUUGAUUGCGAAGCUCAAGGCCGAAAUCAAGAGGAAGACCGGGAAGAGCCUCGCGGUACAUCGCAUACACCCACUGUGGAAGAACCUGAGUUACGCGAGGAUGAUUUUCGGAACCGUGCAAGAGCCAACUUGGUAUAUCCACACUCACAACAUCGACGAGAGAAAGGGGAGGACGUCGGCUGAAUCCCUUAUAGACCAGUGUCCUGUGAAGUUUUGCGGCUUUGAGAAUGAGGUGGACGUCAAUUCCUUCGAGAAUUUCGGGGCCCUCUUCGCUUUCCUCAAGGAGGAAGGACUCACUAGUAGGCUCAAGUACGAAGAGAUUCCUGCACGCCCAUUGAUACUCGAAUAG